UUCCCCGAAGCGUGCGCUGCGCAGCGGAGCUGAGGCACAGCCGGGUCCUUCUGCCCAGGAAGUGUCGGCGGUCGCGGCGGUGUUGGCGAGACGGGUGAGGUCGAGGUUGGACGUGGAAGGGGAGGCUCCGCCCUUUCGCCCUAUUUGGGGCCGUAGGGCUUGUGGGCCGCUUGUGUAGAGGUAGGUGGGACGAGCCGGCGGCGCCUCCUCCUCCUCCGGCGGAGCUCUGUGGCUGCCCCGCAAGCUGAGCGCUGGUUCCGCCGGAGCCUCCGGGGUGCAGCUCGUCAAGGGCUGAAUUCCCGUUUUUCUUUUCUUUUCCGGGAAGGGGCUGCUGUGCCGCGAUGUGCGGAAGUGCAGCAGAUGAAGCUUACCCGGCGCUGGGAGGAUCUGAUAGAGAGCGCUUCACCUGCUGGAUUUCUGCCUGCCAUGGCGCAGGAGCCCCUCGGGGGAAGAGAGAAGAGGCUGGUCAUUUUAACCUCCUUGUCUGGAGGAGGACAUUUUGCCUGCCUCCCAAGUACUGAGCUAGCAGGCAGGAGCAUCCCAUGCUGUCCUGUUUUGCCCCUUUUGAUUCACCCGGAGUGACCCAGGUAGUGACAUUGCCAAUAUCAAAUAAGUUGCAGAAUAUGAUCUGGUCAUUCCUCUCUCCACCUGAACGUGUUCCUCUCGUGUCGCAGAUGCACCCCACAUUCUUGGAUGCUGUAUUUUGAGUAUCACUUAAUGUGGGCUGCUUGUCCCUUGUCACCCUGGACCUAUCCUGCUAGAUUAGCUAAAGAGGAUUACAAGAAUGGAUUCUCUCUGUGCCUUUGAUGAAUGUUUAUGGAUAUAUAUUUUAAUAUGUGCUUGCAAUUGUGGGUGUAUAAAAUAAAUUAUUAGGCCAGAUUAAUUAGUACAGACUGUCUGCAUGCCUUUUGGUAUACAGUAUAUGGCAUAGGGUUACAGGGGAUGUUUCCCCACCCUGACUCCCAGGUGGCUGCAGUUGUUGUUUGCAAAAGGAGGAGAUGCUUUUGAGGAGCUUCCCCAUGGCUCUGCAGCUCUUGGGACAAUUUUUGUGUUGGCUCUCCCUAUCAUGCAGGUUCUGGGGCCUCAGUGGGGCAAAAGUGACACCUGUUGUAGGUAUCUGUUUCUCAUGACUUGCCCAGUCAUAGUGAAUGCAGUUCCUUUGCAUGGGGGGAUGUGGGCCCUGCCCUUCCCAAAGGUCAUCUCUGUUGUUUCCUUCACACUAGGGGUGGGGAAGAGUUGACUAUUUUUAUUGUUCUUUUUUGUGUUCCUCUCAACCUUCACAUCUACAGUAUGCAGGUUCCAGAGCGUGAGAGUGGAGCAACCACAGGGAAUGGACUGGACAGCCCCACGGCUUCCGAUUCCCAACCAGUUUCUCCUUUGCCACCCAAGCCCCCUUCCUUGGAUCUCUUCAAUCUAGUAGUAUCCUACAAGCGACUGGAGCUGUACUUGGAACCACUGCAGGAUAUUGCGGAAGGGGUGUGGUUCCUCCUCAGGUUGGUGCCCAACUACUUAGUUGCACCUUGUGGGUGAUGGUUGUGGUGGAGCUAGAGAAAUUUUUGUUGUUGUCUCCUGCCAUGUUGGAGGGCAGAAAAGCACAGGCUCUUUGGGAGUCUCACUUUUGCAAGUGGGAGAAAAAAGAGAGAAGACGAAGAGUCCUGGCCAAAUACUUAAUUCCACUUGUUCUAAGAGACACCAAGCAUUCAGCAUGGGAAACGCUGUGUGCAGUUGGGCGUAAACAAGAUAUGCUGCUGCAUUUGUGACUUGGCUAGUGUCUGUGGCUGAUUACAACAUUCCCCCAUUUUAAAAAAUACCCUACCCUUACCUUGCUUUUGUCUUCAUUCAAUCUAAUUUGAUUUCUUAUUUAUAUACCGUUUUUCUGUGCUCAAGGCAAGUUAAUGUACUCCAUGACCCGAGACUUAAACUUAGGCUUGCCCUUUCCAUCUCCACCAUUCUCAUGUUCAUACCUCAUUUGUACAGCUAAAUAUCCUUUUGGCGUGGCAAUAAAUGCUUGAUCAUGUAUGUUUCACAGCUGGCAGAUGCCUCUCUGCUCCCUCCUUACUUGCCUGGGCCUCAACUUUCUGCUGCUGACUCUUAGUGAAGGUGAGAAAUGUUGGACCUUUGUGCUGGGGCCCCAAUAGGCCUCCUUUCAGGUAUGGUGUGAGCCUUGGGGGAUUGAUCCUGUGGGGAAUAGAAUAUGUUAUUGGGGGCAGAUUAUGAGGGCUAGCAGAACCAAUUGUGAGAGGUAGUAAGGAAAUGGAGUGACUGGCAGGCACAUGGGCCUCCUUUCAGGUGGUUUAUGGGGUAGUACAUAGGAAGCUGCCUUAUAUCAAGUCAGACCAUUGGUAUGUCACGCUCAUUAUUGUUGACAGUGACUGGCAGCAGUUUUCCAGGUGUUGAGAAAGAAGACAUUCCCUCUCCUACCUGGAGAUACCAGGGAUUGAAACUGGGACCUUCUCUGUUCAAAGCAAACGCUCUACCACUGAGCUAUAGGUGCUAGUGGUACAGGUGUGUUGUGACUGGCCAAACAGUGGGGUGGUAAAAUGAUCUCUGCAUCUAUUCCACCUUUCAUUCCAGCUGCGUGGUAUGGGCUUUGCGUCCUGCUGGUCUCGGUGCCAGCCUUGCUGGGUUACCUGCAGGAGACAUGCCGCAUCCGUCUGAGUGAAGAAGAGCUGGCACGUCGUAGGUACCACAGUGUGCGGCGUGAGGAUGUGAGGAAAGUUCAGCUUGCACGACAUGAGGCUGUGGCUGAAGUGAAGGGCUUGUAAGUGCUCUUAGGGAAGGAUGGAGAAAAUGCGUUGACCCGUAGGUGGGUCCCUUUGAAGUAUGUGAUUGGAAGGAUGCUUCUUGGGCUUCUUGUUCACACUACACAUUUUUUUCCUGAUGGUGAAUAUUGCAGUCGUUCUGAAUCCACUGGGCUUAAUAGUCAACCCGUUGCAAGAUCGAGAUUUCUACCUCGUCAUUGUGUUUUUCUCUUGUUUGAUUUUUGUAACCAUUUUUCUGUAUUUUGUGUGGAUAUUUCCAUUGUAGAUAAGUAAUGUGCAAUUGUUACCUUGAAUAAUGGGAGCAAUUUAGCCUGCAGAACUAAUUUAGUGACCUUUCUGUGUCACAAUUUGUGUGGUAUUCCACCAUUCCCCUUCUUUUGUCUUCUAUGAUUUCAGCCUCUUCACUAACAAUGUCUUUUUCAUUUAUUUUUGACCAGCUGAUUUUUCCUUUUGAGUUUUUAUUUCUCCCAAUCAUUUGUGUGUGUUUUUUAACACAAGGAUAUUUCAGGUGCACAACUACAUAGCUCUGAAGCUGUGCCCAGUAGGGCACAAUAAUCCGUUUCUUCUUCUGCUUCUUCUUCAACCAUGCACUUGUGCACUUGAAGAGCUGUGCACAACUGCACAGAGUUGAUCUUUUAAUGUUUAAGUAAACAGCUGCACAGGCACUAGCACAGGCCAGUGUGUGUCAUGGAGGCUUUUUUGGGGGUGGGCAGACAGUGUCUUCCCAAAUGGACCCUAUCACGGAUACUGCCCACAGCAUUCUAACAAAUGCAUUACGCAGUUGGCCAGCAACACAGGCAUUUGUGUCAAAUCUUAGUGGUUGAGGGGGAAGGUUGGGACUAUAUUUCAGGAUAGUCUAUAUGCUAUUGCAGGUGCUAACCAUUUCAUCAUUGCUGUGGGGCAAGAAUUGUGUCAUGACUGGGGGGAAUAUAAUUGCACAGUAACGUUGCGUGUGUGGAACAUGGUGGUGACCCCACUUUUAAGAAACUCUGGGAGAGCAGUGCUGACUCCUCCUCUAGAUUAGCUACCUUCCAAGGUGCUUUACUGCACUACUGCCGUUCACCCUUUGGGGGCAUUGCACACCCUUGCUAGUUGGGAGUGUGGCUCUAGGAGGAAGAGUUACUAAGCAUUUACAUGACUCUCCUGCCCAUGCCACAAAGUAUGCAUCCUCCUUCCAGGACAGUGGAUCGAUUUCAAUCACCAGGCAAGAAGCCUCAUUUUUAAAUCAUUGAUUUUAAUCAACUUUUCCAUUUGUACAGUUAUUUUCCCCAAGAAAUGGGUGUUUUUGCUGCUCGAUAGAGCUAUUAAAACAUAUUGAUUUACAGCUAAAUGUAACCGUUACUUCAGAUUUACUACAUUUAUUACCUACUUAUGAGGAAGACACACUACUGGUGCAUCCUUUUGUUUAAGAAAUAAUGGAUUUUGAUUAUUAUUAUUCUUUAAAAAUAUGUUUUUUUAUUAACAUGUUGUAUUACUUCAGCAUGUCUGUACAGCCAAGGAUUUGCAAGUCAAAUUUUAGAAGACGUCAGAAUUUUCCUAUGCCAAGGACUGACGGUUAACUGCUCUGAUAGCUGUUUUAUCAGGACAUAACACUUUAUCAGAGUGCUGUGAAUUCAGAAAGCGGCUCAGUUUUUGAAACCUGCAACUUAGGGAGAAGUAGCUGGAAUCCAAGGGCAAGUUCUCCUUUUCCCCGUUACUUCCCUACCCAAAGCUGACCAUGCCAGUAGGCACUUUGUCAGCAUUUUGCACAAGGCACUGGAGCCUGAUAGCCAACCCAUCCAUCAUAUGACUCGCUGAGUUGUAGCCAGUGAACUCAAAUCUCUUUCUUUAUGGGAGUCUGCAUUCUUUCAUCUAAAAGUUAAGAGCAGAGGUGCCCUGUUACUACAUGCCCCUUUAGUAUAUAGGGUCCAGGCAAGCCGUGGUUAGGAUUGCACUGUUAGUUUUGCGGCAACUCUUAAGUUAGUUGUCAUUAUUCAGAUUUGUAGCUAUAGGAAAGAGAUGCCCAAGAUUGCCUCAGCAGUGGAUGUGAACCCAGGGUCUCCUAUACUCCACAGACAAGAGUGCUGGACUCCAAAUCAUGCUGGCUGUUAUCCCUCUUGUUAAACUUAGACAGUUGCUUUCUGUAUCCAACUUGCCUGCCUGCCUGGAGCUAGCUGGCAUAGGAGGUUCAUCCUAUGCAGGGCUCAUCCUAACUAUGCCCUGUGUGGAUGAGGGAAUCUUCUUUUGCACUUCAACCCUUGUCUUGAACUGAAUGAGGGGCUGGGGAUCACUUUUCUCCAUUUGUGAAGCAGCUUGGGCAUAGGUUGAUGCAGUGGCUGUGAGGUUGUGCGCAAAGGGGCCUGAGGAACAUGUUUAAAUCUGCUGUGAUCUCCUUUUCCAGCUUAAUCCAAUUAGAGGCCCUAUUGAGCCGGCUGUGUGGCAGAUGUGAGGCUGUCUAUCGCGUCAUCUACUGGGAGAACCCUUCUCUUUCUUCACAGUGAGUGUUGCCUUAGGACUACUUCGUGGAAGCUAGGUGUCAUGGGCUGGUUGGAUGUAGAGGAAUAGUGGGAGGAACCAGCUGGGGAACCCCCAAGGGAAGAAGGCUCAGAGCCCUGGGAUUGGUGGUGUGGUGAUGAUGAUGAUGAUGAUGUUGAUGAGUGGUCGGAGGGAGGAGGAGAUGUCGGAAGCUGAACAGGUAACAGGGCUUAGUGAGCUGGGAGAGUCUGUGACAGACAGACAUCCAGAAUCAGGGGCAGAAGCUGAAACAGGAGAGGAGGGAAGCCAAGAGGCAGAGAGAGUCUGGCUGGGGAAGGUGGCAGGGUGUCUCCCCCUCCUGCUGCGACAGACUCCCCUCCCUCCAGGUCUCCCAGAAAGAGGUGUGAAAAAGGUGGAGGAGAAGUUAGUUUUGUGCUGGUGCAGUCUCAGAUUGCUUGGGGAAAACCCUGGAGAGGAGGGAACUAAGGCAGCUGUGAGCAGAUGGGGACCUUCAGCCUUAGCAACUGCUUCAUAGGGGCAAGACCUGCCGGAGAUGAGAUGCAUUGCUCAUUAGGCAGAUCCUGCUUUUGCUAAUAAGGAGUUAACUCCAACUUGUUUGGUGUUAUUUACUGCCAGCUCGUUCCUGUCACUGGGACAUUGCUGCCUUGCUGCUUUGGGGGGUUUGCAGGCUUGUUUACUGGGUCACUUUAUAGGGGUACGGGGUCCCUUCCUUCUCCCUCAUAUUGGGCAGGUGUCCAUGCCCAUAUAUAUCAUGGCUGGUGUUCAUGGGGAAGCUAUCUGGCUGAACAGGUUUGUCCAGAUUGAGGGGAGGUUAUUUGCUUGAAAGGUAGGCAAAGGGAGGUGAUGUCAUCAUCAUCAUCAUCAUUUUAUAUGUAAGCCGUCUGUCCACAGUUAAAACAAUGCUCAAGGCGGCUUACAGUAUGAAAAGAUUUACACAUUACAAACAUAGCAAAGGAGUCAUAAAAAUAAACAAAACACAUCAAAAACCACAUAACCAAACUGAACAAUUUCCACAUAAAAAUAAAGAUACAAAAAAUUCAUAUCAAUAACAGUAAAAACUCCCGACAAAACUUUCCCCAAAAUACCCCAGUCCUUUCUGGGCAGCAGCAGCAGCCUGUUAGAGCCGCCCUAGGACAGGUGGAGAGAGGCAGGAACAAGGCUCUCAGGCUCCCCCUAGAUGCUCUCUGUUCCAUAUCCAAGAAUAAUGGGGGGCUGGACAGGCUUGAGGUGCUCUCAAGGCACCUGGCUGUCAUCCUGAUGCCCAGAUGUGUCAUGCUCCUUCUGCUCCUUUUUUUGCCCAGGUUUUAUGGGAUGCUGAUGGCUUCCGUUUGUGCUCUCUACCUGCUGCCCUUAUGUUGGGUCUUUGUGCUGCUCAAUAAUGCCCUUUUCUUGGGUAACGUGGCAUUUUAUCAAGGUAAGAGAUUGCUCUUCUCUCCUGUACCAUUUUGUUCCAUGAGAACCUUGGGGAAGUAAGCUGCAGCAGCUGACUGGAGACAGGGUGCCCAGGGUCAAGGCUUUCUUUGCUGUAGAUCUGUGCACCCCUGCUGCAGCCCUAUCUUAUUCCAAAUGCCAGUGUGAAGCUGCUAGCAAAUUUUGAUGAGAGAGGAAAAAAUGCAUCUCUUCUGUGCUGCCCCAGUCCCAUAAACAAGCUCUUUAGCAUUCAAGAGACCUGAGUAGUCACUCUGUUCCUUGGGCACAGCUUAGUAGUGGAAGAUUUUUCCAUUUAGAGGUGUCCCAGUGGGGAAGCACAUCUUGGGAUGCUAAGGAUAAACUGCCUGUUGCAGAAAACGGGGGGUUAUCACAAGGGAACAGUCCUUUGCUGGAAAACAGAUUUGGUGUGUGUUGUGAACAUUUGCCCUCUGAAUGCAUCUCAUUCUGGAAUUUUGUUUGUGUGGGAUGGUGGCAGGGAAGAGUGAAAACAGGCAUGAACCUAUUCAGAGCACAGCUCUUUUCACAGUGCCCACUCAGAGUGAAGGCACUGCUUCCUGGCCUCACUUUGAAUAGGUUUUGUGAGGAUGCUGGAGCAGUGGCCAAGGGGCUGUGAAUAUCAGCAACCAGUUGCAACCCACCCCCAAACAACACAAAUACCGUAAGUGGUGGAGAAUAUUUACUGUAGUGGUAGAUAGCCUUUUCCCCUGUCUACUGAGGAGCUAUGGGGUUAUAGACAGUUCUGUCUGGGAGUGAGAUUAGUGCUAGAAAACUGUGGGGUAUUCAGGUAGUCCUACUAGUGUUUUAAAUACCAUUAGCUACAUUGAACAUUGGUUGCUUGUGUGCCAGUAUCUACUUCUUGGGUGUUUGGGUUGGAGAUAGGCUUGAAUCCCAUGCUGUUCCUCCAGUGCUGAAAGCCUGUGCUGUUUACUGCAACCAUUACCCUUUUCCUCUCCCUCCCUAGUCUUGCUGGAGCUGAAGUCUGCUGUAGAGCAGCGUUUGGGCCUCAAGCCCGUUGCUAGGACUCCAGAGCCAGUGGAGCUGGAUGCUGGAGAAGUUGGGUCUGGAUCCCUGCUGGACCGGACACCUACGCCCACUAGUACUGAGGUAAGGCAUGGUAGAAGAAUAGAUGGGUCUGUGUUGCCCACUUCCAAGUAGAAUGAGAAUUGAUAUGCUCAUCCAAUGUGCCCAGAGAGUGUUGCUUUAUCUUUUGGAAAUGCCUGAGGUCAUAGAUCAUCCUGCCCUGCAUAACAGUCUUAUUAGCUGGUGGCUUUGUAGUUGAUUCCAGAUAUACAGUCCUAGGAAAUGUGUCCCAGGCCGGAGCACAGAAGACAAACUUCCAUCUUGCUUCUGUUGGUUGUGGUUCCAUAUAUCUCUCCGCCACCCUUCCCAAUCUUCUAUAGGAUAUGGAAUGAUGGAAACUGCGGCCCUCCAUAUGUUGUUGGACUCCGAUCCCCACCAGCUCCAGCUGGUCUGGUCAGUGAUGCCGUCCAACAACACUUGGAGGACCACAAGCCAUAGUGUGCAAAGUAAGGUCCCGAUGGGAGUGGCAGAAAAUUUUUGAAAGGGGCAAAGCUAUGCAUCGUGGAUGAAAACCUCCCAGACCCUGUUCCCAGUCUUGGCCCUGGAGAAGUAGGGCCUCAGUUUUGCCUACACAGGUACGUCUCUUUAGGGCAGCUGCCAUCCUUGUUCUGUCCCCUUCUUGCUACUUUUCAGAGUUCCGAAACUUUUUAGUUGCAGCUGGUUAUGGGGAGGUGCACCUGGAACCUACUGUUGAAAUGUGGAGCCUCAAAAAUUGUGCCUGGCUUAAUUUUCUCCAGUUGGUGCUUAAAAGUAUAGUAAUGUUUUCAGCUUGUCCCUGUCUCUUUUUUUUUAACAACUUAGCUAAGUUUACAUGAAAAUUUCAAAGGGCGAUGCCCUUCUCUCCCUUCACACAGCUCUUCAGGCAGUCUUCACUGCUUGUUCCUGUGUUUUCCCUUUGUGCUGCCCAUUAAGGCAUUUCAGGAUCUGCAUACCAGCAUUGUUUGGGGUCUUGUGUAUUACAAACUACCAUAGUAAUAAACAGCUGUGUCUAGGCAGGAGGGGAAAUGCAUCCUCGUAGCUUCCAUGUUACUCUUGCAUUGGGGUAGCUGGAAUGGGAUGGGGCCAUCUGUGUAGCACCCCUCUUGGAUUCAUUUACCACUGUUGCAAGGACUGGUGGGCCUUGCUUCCUUAGUCUUGUAACAUCAGAACAGCCAAUGGCCCAUCUAGUCCGGCAUCCUGUUCUCACAGUGGCCAACCAGAUGACUGUGGGAGGCCAGCAAGCAGGAUUUGAGCAGAAGAGCACCUGCCCCUCCUGUGGUUUCCAGCAACUUUCAUUCGGAAGCCUUGCUGCCUCCAGUUGUAAUGUUGUUUGCUUUCCCCGUAGGAUCUGACCCCUGGCAGUGUGGAGGAAGCAGAGGAGGCAGAGCCUGAUGAUGAGUUCAAGGAUGCUAUUGAGGUAUGUGCCCUGAGAGAGCCGCCUAGGGCUUGGACUGAUCUGUGCUGUGGUGGAGUCAGGUGAUGCUGCUAGGCCAGCAAGUUUAAGGGGACACCCUUCAUCCUGUCACUGAAGGGCCAUGAGUGGCAGCACAUCAGAGUCCAUGUCUGUGAUGCAGUGAACAUGUUGGUAUGGGGAAGAGAGAGAAAUAAGGGACUUUAGACAGUGCACUUUUCUGGAAAUGGGUACACCAUAAAAGGUGAAGGCUAGCUUGGGCUGGGCUCUUCUGGACAUCAUCUCUUGUCUUUUCUCUUUGCUGCGGGAGCAGGAGACCCAGCUGCUAGUAAUGGUGAGUGCGGGAGCUGGGCCACCCUGCCUUUGAGCCAAAACUCACUUCAGUUGCUCAUGCAGAGUUGAUGUCUUUGCUGUGUUCUUUGCCCUGAUUGUGCCCACCUUCCCAAGCUGGAAAACCUGGCUGCAACCCUUCCACCAGCUUGGCAUUUUGUGUGUUGCCCAUGGUUAGCCCAGCCUUUCCUUGUCUUCAGCACUUUGUCAGUGGGCGGUGCCCCCCAGUACGGCCUUGUCCUCCUGCCCCAGAGUAGGCACUGUGUGAACCAGCCGCUCCUUGACAAGCUUCCCUCUCCACCUGCCCAGGAGGAUGACGAUGUCUCCCACUGCUCAGCGGAAUUCGACAUGGGCCUUCCUGACAACCCCUUCAUGAUGAGCAAGAACGAGGUGAUUCGCAGCAGGGUGUCACGGCUGACGGAGCGGCUGCGGAAGCGCUACCCAACCAACAAUCUCGGUACAGGAUUUGGGAGGGUGUGUGGAAGUGGCAAGAGUGGAUGGUGCCGUGGGACAUGUUGUCUUGUUGGGACUGAAGCGGGACUGUGUAGAUGAGCUUUCCUCAACCUGGUGAGGAAACCUGGUGCCCUUCAGAUGCUUUAGCCUGCAGCUCCAACCAGCAUGGUCUUGUUGGUUUGGGCUAAUGGGGCUGUAAUCCAAAACAUCGGGGGGGGGGGCACCAGGUUGUGGAAGGGGGGUGGAGAAGAUUGGCAGAAUGGGAAGACUCUGACCCAGUUGCUGCCACAGAGGCGGCCUGCCUGAUGUUAGAUGCCAGAAACAUGCCAUUGUUCUUGGUGCUUUAAAAAUAUGUGUGCUGAGGUCGCUUCUGAUGGUGAAAUACUGUUGCAGAUGAAUCAUUUUACAGGCAAGGUGUGGGUGGGGUGGGGUUAAGUACUAACAUUUUUACAAAAAGCCCCUUAACUCCCCUUUUUUCAUUACCUCCGGAAACUGGGCUUGUGAGUUCCUACUUGCCAGUGUAACAUGUCAUUCUGCCCUGAGAGAGAGGUAUGAGCAAGCCUGCUUAGUGGAGCUGAGUGGUUAUUUGUAUCAGGCCCAAGUCUUUGUUCCUAUUCCAAGUCUAGCACUUGAUCACUUAUGCCACACUGGAAUCUCAUCCUGAUGAUGCCAAAUUCCACAUUUAUAUGGGUUACGGCCAUCUCUGCUCUUGGCACAACUUUGUGGAGUGGAGGAUUGACAUCACCUGGGAGGUGCAGUGUGCAGACCCAUUUCAAAUCUCCUCGGAUCAAGGGUCCUGAAGACAGCCCUCAGUGGGAUGCCCUCUUGGCACGUGGUCCCACCUGGAUGAGCCUCCUGGACUGCCUAGUGGGGCAGUAGGUUAUGCUGGGGCUUUUAGUAGGAAAGGACUGUGGGCAGACGUUGGGGGCAGGGCAAUAUUUCUAUGCAGUUUGGUGGAAGAAGAGGCACCAGGUUUGACCGAUACAUGUUUCUUUUCUGAUUUUCCACAGGGAACUGUGCAAGCUGUUCAGCCACUUUCUCUGUGUUAAAGAAGAGGGUGAGUCUCUGGCCCAGCAUGCCCCCAACUACUCAUUUCCCAUUUCCUGCUCCCCACCUUGUGGAUCUCAAGCCUGACCUCUGGUCAGCAGUGAAUGACCUUCUUGAAUCCUUGCAUUUGAAGCAAUGGCUUCCUGGGACCUUGUUCCUAUAGCUGUGUUUGUCUCUUUCCUUCCCUCCAGCGGAGCUGCAGCAACUGUGGGAACAGUUUCUGCUCCAGGUGCUGUUCCUUCAAAGUUCCCAAGAGCUACAUGGGGGCUACAGGUGAGUGAGGAGUGGGAGAGCGAGAGAUGGCCUUUCUGGCAGGCAGCUUGGGAGGCGACUCCUCCUCCUUUGUGCGCUUGCUGUUUCCCUUCUGGGGGAAUCGCUGGGUGUAAUUCUCACUGUUUCUAAUUAAUGCUACAGUGGGGAGGUAGCAGAGGACAGAGGCUUUCUCUCUCUUGGGGGGUGUGUGUGUCUGAGAGCUAAUGAAACGCUUGUUGGGUUCUGUGGGUGGAAAGCUGCACAGUCCUUGGCCGAGUCUCUGACCAGUGCUUUCUACCGCAGCCCCUGAUGCCCAGCGGGAGACCGUCUUUGUCUGCGGGCAGUGCAACCAAGCGCUCGUCAAGUGAGAAGCCGAUCUGGAGCCCUGCCCUCUGCGGAAUUCGCUCUGCGUCUCACCCCGUAUUUGCUGAUACUUGCGGGGAGCGAAGCAACAGCACUGUGCACUCCUUCCACUCUUCCCUGUACAUCUAAUAGGAAAGGGGCUGGUGCAGCUGCCACGUGUGCCCCCUCCCUCUGUGAGCAGCUGGCGAGAGGUCCUGCACUCAUGAUUAACUGCAUAGUAGGAGACUCGUGCACUAGACUACUGUAGGCUCUCCCUCCUUCCACGACCUUGAAGCAAAAAAGUCAUUUGCCCCCAUUUUCCCUAGCAGGAAGCUGGCCUUCCCCACCUCGCAAGGUGGCUCAUGGUAUCUGGACUGCCAGAUGUGUCUGUGUCUUGUGUUUCACUACUGAGCGAGGUGCUGCGUGUUUGGAAGGGGAAGCUGGGUCUUCCUCUGGGUGGCAUCUGUAAGUUGGCUCUGCUGUGUAAAGAAGGCAGACGUGUGAUUGUGUUAUGCAGCUGGACCUGUUUCCUAUCCCUGUGUCAGAUACGGACGGCAUCUCUUCCCUCCCCACCAUUGACUUUGCUCUUUCUAGAUAGCUUUUAGCCAAAGCUCUUCAGUCUGGCCCAACCUGGACCUGGCAUUCUCCUUCCCUUUGACACUUUGCUGUGUUGGAGGGAGCAGAAGCUGCUACAGCCAACGGGAGUUCAUCACAAAGCUCAGCUGGAGGAUUGAGGCAAUUGCCUUGUGAUGUGGAUCUUUUCUACAGGAGAGGAGAGGUUUUUUUUUGUUCUUAUUUUUGCUGCUCUCUUGCAGAUUUACCCACACGCACACAUGCAUAUAUAUAAAUAUAUAUAUAUAUGACCAAUAAAUAGCGUCCUUGGAAAGUGGAGCCAGUGCUCCUAGUGUCUGAAAUGGCUUUUGAUGUGAUGAAGGCGGAAUGGGCAACAGGGGUCCUAGUUAUGCAUAAAGCUUGCUGCGGAGCCUUAGGAGUGUAUCUGCAAGGUGAAAUAAUCAAACCUGGGGGUGCUAGAUAGAGCAAAUUAAACAAGGCAUCUGGGGGCAGCAGGGCAGAAGAAGGGAGACUGGAGCAGACCACUGUGUUUUGAGAAAUAGAGGCUAUAGUCUAUUGAGGCAGGCGGGAUGGAGAGCUGUAGAGGAGGCAUGGAUGUUGGCCUAGUUCCCGUACAAUGUGUAAAGAUGGACUGAUGUUGCAAACUGGACCACAGUAAGUGGGGAGGUGUACUGGGAGUGCAUGGCGACUCAUUUUCCAGCUCUUUGGGGUGAAGCAUUUUUAAUUGGGGGUGGGGGGCACGAACACACACAAGAUACAAAACCAGACUGGAAAUGGAUUCAGGCCAAACAAAAGGUACUUUUUCACAUGAUACAGAAUACAGCUCCUGGAAUUAAUCACUAAGAGAGAUGAUGGCUGGUAGCUUAAAUAGCUUUAAAAUUGUGCAGGAAGGCUCUGCAAGUACAGGGGUCUCCCCACAUCAGAUGUUCACCCUCCGUGUGAGUGAUGGGCCUUGGCUCACUUUCUUCCCACUUGCUAGGGAUGGAAGAGGAGUUCAGUUCCAUAUGUAUCUGAAGCCAAAUGGUAUCAAAUACACACUUUCCAAAACAAUUCAUGAACUGAAAGACAGCGAUCCUUUGAAAUUCACACUUAGCCAAAUUUUGUGAUGCAGUUCUCCAGCCAAGCAAUGUUUACAGAAAUGCACAUAUUUGUGUGUGUGUGUGUGUGAAAAAUGAAGUUAUUUGUGAAAAUAGCAUACAAAAUCAUGUUAGGGGAAAUUGCUUGCAAAAAUGUGUACAUAAGUCAAAAUUGCAUAUAACAACACGUCUAUUGAGAGAAGUGUGCGCUAAAAGGCUGAUGAAUUUUCAUGAGGAUUUUAAAAAAUUGCAAAUGGCUGCAAUGCGAAGAACUGAAUAUAAGAUAGGAAAAAAGAGAAACGGGGAGAAUGAAAUUGACAGAUCCUUCACUCUGUACUGCUUGCUGGUUGGUUUUAUGUGUAAGUAGAGUACCUGUAGGGAACUAUGGUGCUUCUUUCAGGUAAUCUGUAAAAGGAGGUUAAAACAACAUUCUCUUGCAGAUGGUUUUGAAUAUUGAGUUGUGGUGUAGCCUCUGCUUUCCCCUCAACCAUCUUAGCAGGAAAAAGCAUGGGCAGACUCCUCAGUGCCAUGUCACAGCUUGCUGGUGCUUGAAUCUGGGGCUGAAAUGUCACUGAUGAUUUAUUUGAAUUCUAGUAUGAAAUAAACCAUCCUUGGCAAACGAACACAGUCGCUGCUCUUGGAAAUAACCUUAGGGAAAAGGUCAGGUUCUGUCACGGGUACAAUGAAUGAGGAGAAAGGAUUAUAGAAAGAAAGAACAAGGCUGCCUUGUUAGCUAAAGUUCACACAAUGUUCCCUGUGUUUAGAAUCGCAUCCUCCUCGGUUCCCUUCUGGUACUUACAGCAAGGCUUGAGAUUCUAUAGCUUACUCCCAAAGGCCAGAUCUCGGCGACAUUUUACACAGGUAUAACACGGAUUGGGAUGACUUGUUUUAUUUUAUAUUUUGGUACGGCGGCUCCUUGUAGAGUUACAAAGUGCAGCCACAUGGAGAGCUGGUCCUCCAUGUUGCCUGGUUGUAGCAUGUGGCCGCCACCUCCCCGUCAUAAGGUUGGAAAUGUGCAAGAGGACAAAGUGCCACAUGGCAGGAUGCUAGCAGCUCGUUCACUCUUGCACAACUGAGAAGCCACCCUCCUGCAACUGGUGAACUUGGUCUUCAGCCGGUUGGUAAACACUCAUGAGCAGGAUGAUUCCUCAGGAGCAAUUAGCCUACCUGGUGCAGCUGUAGUAUUAACUUUAUAAGUUGCUUCUUACAUGUAUCUCAAGGCAGCUCACAGACAUACAGUAAAAACAGCUGAAAUAGUUCUUUAAGCAGUACAAAAAACCCAACUCGGGUCCAAAAUACUACAUUGUGGAGAUGGUACUCCCAAUACUCGCUCAAUAAACAGUAUUUCUUAAAUUUUCCUGUACUGCUAGCGCAGUAUGACAUUUUAAGCUUCGCUGGAUGGCGGUUUUCAUACAGAACUGAGCAUAUGAUAAAGAGUGCAGCGGCUGUGGCUCAAUAUGCAGCUUCCGGUAUAUUGAGAGAUCUUGGCAGACUCUCCCGCUAAGAUAAUGCAAAAGCUUUUGUUCUAUUUAUUGCCGUGUGAUCGCAGAUGUAAGGAAGUGGCAGUGCUGCAAGCUAGACCCAAGAACCACUGUGCUGCUGUGGGGGAACUCUUAACAGGGCCUGUAUGGAUAUGGCAAUGAGGGAAGUGAAGAGUGGAGUUUAGUGCUGCAAUGAAAUCAGACGCUAAAGUUGCAGGUAAUUUCCUGUGGCUUAUUAGUAUUUCUGCAUCAAAAAGAAGUGUCAUUUCAAAUUAAAUUAUGAAGGAUGCUUCUGAAAAAAAUUAAUAUUAAUUUGAUAAACCCAGUGCCUUUUUAAAAAAUCCACAAGUAUCCAUAAAUAAUAAUGUUGAGAUAAAAGUCAAAUGAGUGGAAUGUAUAAGUUGGCUUUUGCAAGCAAAUUUGAGGCAGAAGAACUUGCUUAGCUUUCUCAUUGAUUAUCUGUUGAUUAGGGGAACUGAAAAUGGAGUGCUACAUUCAUGAUUAAAGCCUGCUGUUACCAGAAUGAUAAUGGCAGUACUCUAAACACAACAAUGAUGCCAGAAUUCAGUGUCCCUGAUGACCUUGACAUGAAAUAAAUGCAGCAUGAAUAC